AGGUCACAAUUAUAUUUCAGCUACCAAUUGAAAAUCAAAAUUAUCAAUCAUUAGGUCAUUAAUAAAAUUAAUUUCGAAAUAAGUUAUUUUAAUUAUUAGUUUAUUAAUAAAAUUAAUGUCGAAAUAAUUUAUUCAUCGAACAUUGUAAAGGCAAGAGUGAAGCUUUUUUGUUCACCAUAACUCAGUUUCCCAUAGGAGAAGAAUCUAUAAUCAGUCGGGUCAAUUCCGGGUCAUUGCUGAUGCCCGGUUCAAAAUCGGAAACCCUAAGUUCUUUGUUCCGUUCGGCUAGUAAAUUAUCAAAGCAAUGGAAAUCUGCUUCACCUAAAAAUUCAGCUGAAGAUAUUGCCCUUAAAAACUAUGUAUCCUCCAAGCCACUUAGUGAAAUUGCUGCUGAAACUUUGAAGUUUAACUCACAUGGAGAAUCACCAACACUGCUGUCAAGAGAAUUAUCAUCGAUUUUCUGUGGUGAUUUAGAUUCUGAUUUGACCGAUUCAGAAGAAAGUAGUUAUAGAAGUGGCCUGGAAAAUGUAUUGGAUGUACCAUGGUUAGCAAAUGAAGGAAAAUGCAACACGUCAGCACGGCAGAAAGUAAUUUCACGAGAAAGAAAGGAAAAGUGGACCUUCAAGAAUACUGAGAUAAGUCGUUUCCACCAGUUGGUUAACCAAUGUGGCUGUAAAUUGGGGGCUGAUACUACGAUUAAAGUGUUCGGAAAAUUGGGACGAGAAACUGGCAUGAAAGAAUAUAAUUCUCUAAUAAAACUCUGUAUAGAGAGGGCGAGAGAAACUAAUGAUGAAGAGGUGUCGUUGCAGAAACUUUCAAAGGCUUAUCAACUUCUUAAAUCAAUGACGGAACAGGGUUUCCAAGUAGAAGAGGAGAGCUAUGGUCCAAUUCUUAUGUAUUUUGUUGAUUAUGGCAUGGUACAGGAGUUUGAUUUUUACUGCGAGCUCAUUAUAGAUAGAAAUGCUGAUUCACUUGCAAGAUUAGCUUACUAUGAGAUGUUGCUUUGGACUAAAGUUCAAAAUGAAGAUAAAAUAGAAGAACUCCUCUACCAUCUUUCUCUUUAUGAUGGUACCGAUAAAUCUGUCUUCCAAGAGAACUAUCUCUUAGCACUGUGCGAAAGUAACCGAGUUAAGGAUUUUGAGAGGCUUCUACAAACUAUUGACACAACAACUAUUUCAUCUACUGCUUCUCUCACAAAUAUCUUCAAGUUCUUGGGGAAGUAUCGAUUGGAGUCCUCUGCGGUGAAGCUUCUCCAGGAGUUGGUAACAAGUGGUAAUGGAGAAAAAGUCAUCUCAAAUUUCAUUUACACUUAUACAACUAGCAUCCCAAGUUUAGCAGUUGAAGAUAUUAUCCUUGAAUUCAAAAAUUUACAUGCUGAGUUGGAGCUUAAGCUAGCAUCGUCCCAGUACCAGAAUCUCAUUAAGUACUGUUGUGAGUUAUUUAAGGUACAUGCUGCACUAGAUAUGGUUGAUCUAAUGUUUGAAGGAGGUAUGAAAUUAUCGUUGGAGACAUUGAAUUCCAUACUAGAAGCCUGCGAUAAAAGUUGUGAGUAUCAGUUGGUUCAUCGAAUAUAUUCAUUGAUACUUCGUCACGAUAUCAAACCAAAUUGCGAGACCUUCAGGAUUAUGAUAAAUAUGACUGUGAGGUCGAAGGAUUUUGAAGGCGCAUAUGGCAUGCUCAAGGAUUUGGAGAAGUUCAACGUGAGGCCUACCCCAGGCAUGUACAAUGCCAUAAUGGCAGGAUAUUUCCGAGAGAAAGACACUCGUGCUGCAUUAGAGGUUCUCAAAAAAAUGGACGAUGCUAAUGUAAAGGCAGACUCUCAGACUUUCACCUAUCUGAUUGGGAAUUGUUCGAGUGAGGAUGACAUAUCUAAGUUUCUUGAUGAGAUGAAAGAUUCUGGAGUUCCACUGACAAAAUAUGUAUAUAUGGCCCUAAUAAAUGGAUAUGCAGCUUCUGGACAGUUUGAACAGGCUAAACAGGUAAUUAAUGAGCGAGGAGUACAUGUAAAGGGUUUCAAUGAAAUUAGAAGUGUGCUUGUUUCAGCUCUUGCUUCACAUGGGCAAAUGUCAGAUGCCCUUAAAAUAUAUGAGGAAAUGAAAGAAUCUCAAUGCAAGUUGGAGCCAAAAGCAAUUAUUGCUCUCAUUGAAAACCUUCUAUCUGAGGGACCACUGGAUAGAUUGCUCCACCUACUUGAGCAAUUAAAUGGCCUCGAUCAGUGGGUGGAUGCUGCCUAUAGGGUCAUUUCAUAUUGUAUUCGGCAAAACCAUUUCAGAUCUAUCGUUGACUUGCUUAAAAAGCUGGUGGAUACAUACAAGGAUGAUGAAGUUGCUCAGGAAUCUGUAUUCGAUGAGGUGUUCUGCCAUAUUGCAGAAAAAGACCCAAUAAAUUUACAGUUUGGGUUGGAUCUCCUUCAGGUCAUUAAGAAAGAGAUUGGUCUCCUCCCUUCACGACAAUGUCUUGAUUUCCUACUCAGUGCUUGUGUCAAAGCCAAAGAUUUAGAAGCUUGUCAUCUGAUUUGGGAAGAGUAUAAAAUAUCUGGCCUGCCUUACAACAUUUUAAGUUAUGUGAGGAUGUAUCGAGCCAUGUUGGCAUUAGGGGACUACGAAUAUGCAGCAGAUAUUCUCGAUAAAAUACCAAGGGAUGAUAUUCAUGUUUGCAGUGUAGUCCAAGCUUGUCAAGCAGCUUAUGGAACUGGGAAAGGGAAAGGGAAAAAGAAAAAAAAGAAAACUGGGAAGGAUGUGGCAUGUGAGACGUGAAAAGUGUUGUUCGUAGGGGAUUUAGAAAAUUCUUCGCAUUUCUUUGAGAUCGACAUUUUGCAGAUCAUUUAGAUGUACAACUUUUAGUGGAGAACUCCUUUUUCAUAUACCGCGUGAGAGCUCUGUACUAAUCCUGCCUUAAAGUUGCCCCGAGUUUAACAGUAAGUUGGAAGUGGAUCAAGAGAACUUCUGGUAUCAUUGAAUCGUUGCUUAAAAUCAUUUUGACCCAUCGAAGGAACUUGCACUGUAUAAUACGACGCACUAAGAUGAAGUGGUGUCUUGUUUUAUUUUGAAGAGGAGCUGAAACAUGUGUCUGCUCUAGUUCUUAGAAAAGAACAGGUACUUUAUAGUUUCAUUUUUGUAAUCGAUGAUGGUACACACGUUUAUGUCUCAAAAUUCCUGCUUAGUCUUUUUCGAUGGGUUUUAGCAGGCCGUAUAUGUACUUCCAUUUGGCCGCUAGUCGUCUUCCUGUAUAUGUACUUCCAUUUGGCCGCUAGUCGUCUUCCUGUACUAACAUUCCAGACCAUCUUUUGCUCAAUUGUGAAAACAUGGCAGAUUAGUUAUGCUUAUAGUUUUUAGCAGAAUUAGAAGAAUUGUAAACUGAAUUCUUGGCCUUUCUUUAAUAAAAUCAAUUUGUUCAGUUUA